CUUGCCAGUGUUUCUACUACAAGGCCGGUUCUGCGAGCUCCUCUUCUGAGUCGGCUGCGCUUAUGUUCGUGGAGCUCAGUAACUUUUCUUAGAUCACAACCGGGCAAUCAAGCUCCCAAGGCACUGCUCAGGACUUCAGUACUCCCUAGAGCUUCGUUUACCGGCUCUCUCCUCAGCAGGAGCAAAAUUUACACACCACACCACAGUAGAGGUUUAGUUGUGAGUGCAAUGGCUGCCUCAGACAAGUCAGCAGCUAAGAAACUGGACCUGUCAAAGGAGUUGGCCCUGUUUCCUGAGAGCACACCCCAGAUCUCUGCAAGCAGCGGAGAUCCAGCAGCCUGGAAGGGUGACCUGCUGGCAGUGGGCAUCUUUGAGGACGCCCUUUCUGAUAAAUCGGGAGAUGGAGGGGUCUUCCAGGAUGCGGAACUGGCAGCCUUGGAUGGAAGCUUGGAUGGCAUCCUCACAGAGCUCAUAGAGAAAGCCGAGUUCCAGGGAAAGCAGGGCAGCUCAACAUUCACACGGCUCAAAGGCAACGCGCACUAUGUCGGCGUCGUUGGUCUCGGCAAGAAGAGCGCUGCAGCUGUGGUGCCUGAUUGGGGCGUCUCUUGCUACCAGGCGUUUGGUGGGGCAGUGGCGGCCGCUGCAAAGAAUCAUAAGGCUGCAUCAGCUGCCAUUGCUGUUGUUGGCGGAGACCCCCUUUCGGAGACGGCGGUGGAGAAGCUGACGGUGGGUGUGCUGCUGGGCGGGUACGAGGCGUCCCGCUUCAAGAACAAGGCCGCCUCGCCGCCGCUCAAGUCCCUGGACAUCCUGUCGGCCGCCGCCGACGCCGCGGCCGCCAUAGGGCGCGGCCACGGCGCUGCAAAGGGAGUCCUGCUCUCCAGGUACCUAGUGGAAACACCCGCCAACAUUUGCACGCCCACCUACCUGGCCAAGGUGGCCGCAGUCAUUGCAGAGAGCGCUCCGGAUGUGUUUAAAUUAGAGAUCAUUGAGGAGGAUGCGUGUGAGGAGAUGGGGAUGGGCUGCUUCCUGGGCGUGACUGCCUGCAGCGAGGAGCCCGCAAAGUUCAUCCACCUCACCUACACCCCCAAAGGCGAGGUGAAGAAGGUGGUGGGCCUGGUGGGCAAGGGGGUGACGUUUGACAGCGGCGGCUACAACCUUAAAGUGGGCGGCAUGAUUGACAUGAUGAAGUUUGACAUGGGCGGCGCCGCAGCCGUCCUCGGGGCCGCUCAGGCGCUCGCCUCCCUGCAGCCCGCCGGCGUGCAGGUGCAUAUCAUCACUGCGGCGUGCGAGAACAUGAUUGACGGCCGCGGCUUGCGCCCGGGCGACAUCCUUCAAGCGGCCAACGGCAAGACUGUCGAGGUGAACAACACGGAUGCGGAGGGCCGGCUGACGCUGGCGGACGCGCUGUGGUACGCGCAGGAGAAGUGCGGCGUGCAAUCAGUCGUCGACGUGGCAACGCUCACCGGCGCAUGCAUGGUCGCCCUCGGCAACCAGGUGGCUGGUGUGUUCACGCCCAGUGAGGCGAUGGCGGCCUCCCUCAAAGAUGCCUCCAAGACUGCAGGCGAGAAGGUAUGGCGCCUGCCGAUGGAGGACAGCUAUUGGGAGCAGAUGAAGAGCCCCAUCGCCGACAUGAAGAACGCUGGCGGCCGCUUGGGGGGCGCCAUUACCGCAGCCCUCUUCCUGCGCGAAUUUGUCGACACUGACAAGGUGGAGUGGGCGCAUGUCGACAUUGCCGGCCCGGCGUGGGAUGAGAAGGCGGGGGGCGCGACUGGUUUCGGCGCACUCACCCUUGCACAAUGGGCUGCCGCGCAGGGCAGUGCCUGA